UAAUCUGUAUUGUUAUAUGUCAGAAAUGUAGAUUUUUCUCCCCCACACCAAAUUCUCAAUUAAGUUUUGUACUGUGUUUACGGCCUACGCAGUCCUUCUAAAUGGGAAAGUCGGUGGAUGUGGUUGUCUUCGGGACGGCAAACAUCGACUACAUAACAUAUGUCCCGGAACUGCCGAAACCUGGUGAACUGGUCGCCGGAACGUACAUGGAGACCAGUUUCGGCGGCAAGGCGGCCAAUCAGUGUGUGGCAGCUGCCAAAUUGGGGGCCUCCACCGUCCUGGUCGCAAAGUUGGGCAAGGACCAAUCCGGCGAUGACUACCUGAACCACCUGCAGCAGCACGAGGUGGAUGUGACGCACGUCCAGCAGGUGGAGAACAAUCCCACGGGCAUGAGCGAAAUCGCGGUUUCUGAGGAGGGAGAGCAGUACAAGAUCAACGUGGCAGGUGCGAAUGCCUUUCUCACGGCUAAGGAUGUGAGCCGCGCUAAGAAAUCCUUCCAGGACGCGAAGGUGCUGCUCUGCCAACUGGAAACGGACAUGAAUGCCACCAUGUGCGCGUUGCGCCAGUUCAAAGGGGUUUCCCUGCUCCACAUGUCGCCCAUGAGAAAAGACAUACCAAAGGGCAUGAUUGGUUUGCCCAAUAUUUUGGUUGUGAACCAGGAGGCAGCCGCCAAGCUAACCGACAUGGAGGAAGUGAAAACUCCUGACCAGGCCCGAUCAGCAGCCGAAACUCUUAUUGGAAACGGAGCCAAAAGCGUGAUCAUUACCAUGGGAGAACAAGGAGCGGUUUACAUGUCGAAGAAGACCAAGGAUACGUGCACUCAUGUGCCCGCCUCCGAGGUGCCGCACUUGGCCGAUUCCUCGGGGGCAGGAGAUGCCUUCAUGGGCAGCUUGGCCUAUUACAUAGCCCGGUUCCCCAAAUUGUCCACAGAGCAUCACAUCAGUGCGGCCCACUCCUGCGCCGCCUACUCCAUGGGCCGCCGCGGCACUCAGCCCAGUUUUCCCGGCAAGGAGAGCGCCAGGAAUGACCUAUGCUAUACGAAGCCCACCUUCAGUGUCAUUCCACCUAGUGGUGGCAGUUCUACUUCUAGUUCUAGUUCUACUUCUCGGAAUGAACUAGAAGUUGUGGAUAAACCACCAGCACCAGCACCAGCACCUCCACCAGAAAAUCCGAUUCUAGAAGCAAAUCAGACGAAAGCAGUGGAAACCUCCAACGAACCACCGAAGCCCGUUGAGACCACCGAUGAACCUCGAAAGUCUGCGGAAACCGCAGAGGAAGCUCCCAAAACUGCCGUGGAGACUGCUAAUGAACCACCUGCUAAUAAGGCAUAAAAUUCAAUUAUUUGCAUAGAAACUAUUAAAUAAGUUACUAAGGUUUUAGAGGGCCAUACUUUCAUUUGAUAAUUUUUUAUUGCCUAGCGUUAUAUCGCAUAGAAAACGAAAAUAUAUAUAAAUAUAUUUAACUUAUUAAA